CAAUCAAAUAUUUCUGAUGAGCAUCCAAUGCCCUGGAAAGCGAAAUCGGUGCCGUUUGUGAAAUGGGGCAGAAUCAUCCCUUCACCACUUCGCUUCCCAGUAUCUGGGGCUUACUGUUGGCUCCAGCGUUCGCUCUCGCACACUUGACAAUCGCAUAAAACUGACUUACUACAGAAUUCAUUUCGUACGGUGACGUAAAGGACUUUUUGGGGGCUCCUCGUUAGUCAGAGCAAUCACACCGCGUUCCAACAUCGGAAGCAUCCUCUACUUGUCCCGGUGAUACAUAUUCUUCUCUGUCGUGUGUGUACUGAUUAAAUCUUGAUUCGCAAUAAAAAACGAUUACGCGUGGAAAUGUCCGCGUUAGGCAUACAUUUGAAUUCGCGGUCAAAUGCCGUGAAUUGAUCCUCCACUUUCCGGUGGUUAUAAACGUGUAUUCCGCAGUAGAUAGCCUGAAUGUACGGUUUAUGAUCGGAAAUGUGCUAUAGGUGUACACUUGUGAUUUUGUCGUAGAAAUCCUUGCAACAGUCAGCACCUGCAAAUCAAAUAGUUAAAGGAUUUUUGCCUCUCGAAUACCGCGGACGGCACUAUCUUCGAUCUUAGAAGAAAUUUGGAUGCUGACCACAGUUUCCCAACAAGUUUCCUAGCCAAAAUGUUUUUAUUCCCACCCCGUGCACAAACCAACACUUCCUACUAUUACCAAGCAAGUUAACAAGAGCGGAUUAAGUGCAAAUUUAACCUUCAAUCUUACACGAAAUUAGCCCCUUUUAGCGUGGUCUCAGUGAAAUGCUUUUGUAAGGAAGCAGUGAAUGCGGGGGUACGUUACUUUCACUUGUCUUCGCAGAGUGUAAUGGAUAUCGGGUAAGGUGUUUUGCGACGAACACGGAAUAUGUGAAUUAGUUGAUAAAAGGAUAAUACUCAAGUUAUCCAGUUUUAACGUCUCGUUCGCAAGUUUCUGAAAGUUGAGUGAAAGUUAAGUGAAACUGUGUCGUUUCUUGCAAACAGAAAUUAGCACAAGUGCUGGAAUAUCGUGCAAUUUAAUAGAUUGUCGUGUCGAAGUGAAUUUGGGGCUGGUUCAAAUAUAACUUUCCAAGAAUCUUAACCAAGUUGCGGAAACUUCUCUUUAAGGCUUCAGCACAUCAUUAAUGUUCACAUCAACGAUUUACACUCAGACAUUCUUCAUCAGCCCCAAAUAUAUUGCAUAACAUUAUUCACGUGUUGGCUUUGUACCAUUGCGGGGCGGAAGGCUUAAAGGAGAGAGGGUGUGGUUGGCGAGAGCACGUCUCGAACGCAUCAGGAUUUCAAACUAGAGCGGAGCAACGAGAAUCAGCAGAAACACCAUCAUGAAUUUACAGGAUAGCAGUCAUUUUGUGCAUUUCCAUCUUCUUUUUGCCGCUGCCUUUUUCAACUUCAACAUGGACACUAUCAGGGCGGAUAUCCCGUCACCGUUGGAAGGGUCCACAAAACAGACAGGGUCAUCACUUUACAUCGACCCCCAUUUAGAAGGUCAUGGCACAACCAACGUUACAACGCAAAUUGGAACACAUGCAUAUCUCCCGUGUAAAGUGAAACAACUGGGAAAUAAAUCGGUGUCAUGGGUGCGUGUCAGAGAUGGCCACAUACUCACUGUUGACAGAUCAAUAUUUAUAGCAGACGAGAGAUUUCAGGCUUUAAAACAGCCGGACAAAUAUUGGACGCUACAGAUAAAAUAUGUACAGGCUCGAGAUGCCGGAAUCUAUGAGUGCCAAGUAUCAACCGAGCCAAAAGUUAGUGCAAGAGUUCAUCUGCAUGUAGUUGUUCCUAGGACAGAGCUGGUAGGGGAUGCUGAUCGCUACGUGAAAGCUGGUAGUUCUGUAACAAUUCGCUGUAUAGUUAGAGGAGCACUUGAACCACCGUCUUUUAUUAUUUGGUACCAUGGAACGAAACAGCUCCUCGCCGAAAAUCGACGUGGAAUUCAAAUGAAGGUUGUGAAAGGAAUACCUGAAGCCGAUGGUGAAGUUCACACAACGAUUGGAUCCUUAACAAUAGAAUCAAUGAAGAAACAAGACACAGGGAAUUAUACAUGUAGUCCAUCAAACAGCCCUAGCGUAACAGUGACAGUGAAUGUUAUCAAUGGAGAAUCAUCAGCAUCUGCAGUGACAUCUUCAGCCACCCCACGAACAUCUUUCACUGAUCUCCUCGGAUUGAUGAUUUUAGUAAUUGUUGGUUGCAACACAUGACAAUGCAAUCCCUGUAGAAAUUAUAUCUAUUAAAUUUACUAUUUAUGGUCAUAAAUUAAAAUGUGUAUUUUGUACAUAAUAUUGUGGAAGAUUUAAUGGAAUAAAAAAAUUUUAACAUGUUGAUUAAAGGGCGAUAAUGUUAAGAUACAUAAGAACUAAUUUACAACCCCUAACAGUGAAUCUAUAUUAUCAUAAAAGAAUUUCUCUACGAGUAAAAGUAAACAUGUUGUUGCAAACUGAAACAUAUAAUACGUAUAAAUGAAGGAAUUCUAAGUGUACGAGUUUCUGCAUAGAUUUCGUAUUACGUACGAAACCUAGUGAAAUUCGCAGGAUUUUACCAAAUUUAAUUGGGAUAAUUUAAUAUUUGAAUAAAAUAUACGAACGUAAAAAAUAGUAUGCGAAGGAAUCGGAAGAGUGCGAGAAGAAAGUUGAAGAGAAGCAAAAUAUUAUUCUCCCACGACUUCCAAUUACUUUCCUUGCGGAAUUUUCUAAAGCACACAGAAAAGGAGCUGCGAAAACUUCUGCGUGAAAGGGUAUUGGGUUUUCAGCGCAUUAAUUCGUAUAAACUCCCAACAAACUUGUAGAACCACCCUCGCUGUUUGUACGUAACUUUUCUGCAUCUAAAAUGGAAAUUGGCCUGAACGAAAGUACUUCUCCUUGCAAUCUAAACAAAUUUUCUUGGGAGCUUUAUUGUUGUAAGAUGGAAGAUAAUAAAGCUUACAAAAUUGGGUAAAACCAAAAGCAAAAAGAUUGUCCAUACUAGAGUAACGACGUUUUUUGAGAAUUAUUUAAAAGACUGAAUAUACUUACAUCGUAAUUUGUUUUAGAAAAAUAUUAAAAAUGCUACAAGAUAUUUAAGUUUUAUGUUUUCAUAUAGAACUUUUAUAUUUUCGUGAUGAUUAUAAGCUUUAAAUAGAACAAUUUGUGUUAAAGCUUUUCUUUUGAUAUCAUUUCCAUCUUUCGAUGCAUUCUUAGGGGCGGAGAAAGUGUGAAACAUUCUUAAAAAUUUAUGUAAAUAAUACUGAAAAUAUCUGUUACGAAAAUGUUUUAUUUAGAGAUUUGGCCAAGCCAUGAAAAGUUUUAAAAUUGCGAAUCAAAAAUUGGUUCAUUUUCUGGAUCUAGACGACGAAAAAAUUUAAGAUAUGAUAUAUAUAUAAUACAUAAAAUAACAAUGUAAUCGCUAAAAACUCGGUAGGCUAUAAAUUAAGCAGUUUGAAGGAAGUUUUGAAUCAAAAAGGUAAAAUACUGUAAAGAAAUCAAAUCGGAAUACUACAACACAUAAAAUAUUCUCUUUAAUGAAAGUGUAAAUAAAAUUAUUAC